AGGCGAAAACAACUCUCACUGGCACCCAUCAGAGUGGUGCAGAAGGAAACGCUGUAACCUGCACCAACGUUUAGUUAUUUAAUUCAACAUUGGACAGUCAUUUAACCACCAUGAGAGUUUUAAUAGGAGGAGGAUCUGGCUUCGUGGGCCGUGAGCUGACUCGCCUGCUCAGAGACAAAGGGCACGAGGUCACGGUGAUAUCUCGCCAGUCUGGUCCAGGGAAGAUAACAUGGGGUGAGUUGGAGUCUCAUGGCCUCCCACCAUGUGAGGGCGCCGUCAACUUGGCUGGAGAGAAUCUGAUGAACCCACUGCGAUGGUGGAAUGAAAGCUACAAAAAGGAUUUGUUCUCCAGUCGUAUCGACACUACAAAAUCUAUGGCUCAAGCCAUUGCUGCCUCCUCCAGUCCUCCUCAGUCCUGGGUCGUAGUAUCAGGUGUAGGUUGUUACAAGCCCAGUGUGACAGCUGAGUAUACAGAAGACAGUGAGUGGACUCCGUUUGAUAUCCUCUCCAAACUUGUGAAAGAGUGGGAGGCCUCGGCACUUCUUCCUGAGAAUGUUACAAAAAACACCAAACAAGUUGUCAUCAGGUCUGGGGCAGUGUUGGGCCGCGAUGGUGGUGCCAUGAAGCAAAUGCUGCUCCCCUUCUGGCUCGGCCUCGGGGGCACUCUGGGGUCAGGAAGACAACCGUUUCCCUGGAUCCACGUCUCAGACCUGGCAGGACUCAUCGCCCACGCCCUGGAGCCCCCCUCUGCCACCCCAUCGCCUUCGCCACAAGUCUUCAACGGGGUCGCACCUGUGCUGAACACCAACCUCGAGUUCACUAAAGAACUGGGCCGGGUCCUGAGGAGGCCCACCAUUUUUCCCGUGCCUGGCUUCGUCAUGAACACCUUAAUGGGCUCUGAGAGGGCCGUGGUGCUCAUGCAGGGCCAGAAAGUCAUACCAAAGAGGACUCAAGAGGCCGGAUUUGAGUACAAGUACCCGGACUUGAGCUCAGCCCUGAAAGAGAUUGUUGGGAGUUAAAAAAUGUUGAGAGAAUAUCCGCUGAUUUAGGAUUUUCUGUAAUUGUGUGUUCAUAUUUACUGGAUUGGAGGAUUUUUAACAAAUAUGACAGCUCAAAUCAAGUGUUGAACCACAACUCUGGAUCACAAAUGGGUCUGAGGACUGCUUGGAAAAUGUUUUUCAUAUUACAUCAGACCACAUAUGAAUGAGGAGAGUUUUUUCAUGCUAAGCAUUACAUAGAAAAACCUAGACUCAAAAGACAAAUACAGGUGUGAUGCGUUACAGCAUGCAUUUAGUGCACACUGGGAUCAGAUUGUUCAGGUGCUGAAGGACUUCAUGAGGCAAAAAAUGAAAGUGAUAAAAUCACAACUUGAGCAGAGAAGAUAAACUCUGUCAUGUGUGAACUGCAGUCUGGAUAAGCUGGGCAGUAGAGCUGCAACGAUUAUACCAAUAUCGAUUCAUUGCUUUGUCUAUACAACAUCAGUGUAAUCAUUCCUACAUGAUCACAUGCAUUUAAGGUUUAUGCAAUAGAAAAUAACCAUAAUGAACAGUGGUGCUUUUGGACUUCCUUCGUUAAAGGGAUGAUAUUGAUGAACUUUCACCUGAAGUACUUAAACACGCAGGAGGAAAUGUCUUACUCUCCAUUUUGUGACUUUUAAAUAUCACAUUACUGUCCAAAUUGCUGCAUACUUGUUAUAAGAAAUGGACUUUGAUUUGUUGAAGGUGGUGCAUAAUAAAGCUGG